UAUAAAAGUAACAACUAAAAAUUUUUUUCCUAAAACUUUUAGCUAUAAUAAUUAUACUCUCAUGAAGCUACUACUGCAAGCGUUGUGUGUACUAGUGCUGCUGGUACUGAACAGGACAGAGGAGAACUGCAGUCAACCAUGGCACGUGAUCAACACUACACUGGAGGGUUGCGUCUGCUAUAAUCUCUCUGAUGCCCAGGACACCGUUCGAUGCUCAGACGAUCAAGUGGAGGUGUUGUUUGGUCAUUGCUUAACAGUGGACGAUCACGGCUCUCAUCUUGGACCAUGUCUCAACAACCUUCACUAUGCUGACUAUAAGAACAUAGCUAAGGGAGACAAGCGUUACGUGACCCUCUCAGCCAGAGCUAACCAUAGUACAGUGAACGAUCAGAUGUGUGCUAUACUACACAGGACAGGGCCAGUGUGCAAUGAGUGUAUGGAGGGAUAUGGACCCACUGUAUUGCAGGCUGGGUUCUCGUGUGCACAGUGUGAGUGGUAUGGAGUGCUGGUCUACCUACUGCUGGAGUUUGGACCACUAACUAUUGUAUUCCUGAUUCUACUUGUGUUUCCCAUCAACAUAACGUCUGCUAUGAUGAGUGGCUUCGUGGUCUACUGUCAAGUGGUCUCCACCGUCGUAACCUACGACACUACUUUGGCCAACGCUGUCAUCUCUAGUGGGAAAACACAAGCAGUCACAUUUCACAUACUUCUAACAUUGAGUAAUAUAUGGAACCUCGACUUCACAACCUUUGUUGCCUUCCUCCCGGCCAUAUGCUUGAGUGAGAGGCUCACUAACAUACAUGUGAUACUGCUCAAGUACCUAUCAGCAGCCUACCCGCUACUGCUAGUAACAGCCACCUACAUCAUAGUACAACUACACGCUCGGGGCAAUAGACUACUAGCUUGUUUAUGGAGGCCAUUUAGACAAUGCUGUGCUAGAACAAGGCGGGAAAUAUGGAGCCCUCAAAAGUCACUAGUGGACGUGUUCGCAUCGUUCAUUCUCUUAUCUUACUCCAAACUGUUCCUAUUAUUCUUCUUAACUAUAGCAGAUGCUAGUCUCACUACAGUCAGCUUCAAUGCUACACUGCACACAGAGCAUGUGCUACGUUUUGACACCACGCUGACAUAUUGGACUGGAAUGCAUAUUCCCAUUGUCCUAUUCUCAGUUACAGUGUUUCUUGGCCUCACAGUCCUGCCAGUGCUGCUACUCUGGCUGUACCCACUGAGGCUGUUCAGGAGGGCAUUGAACUACUGUCCUCUCACCAGGCAUCAAGUCAUACUAACUAUGUUUGUAGACAAGUUUCAAGCAGAUUAUAACGAUGGGCUUAAUGGCGGUGGCUAUGAUAUGAGAUGGUUAUCUAGCUUGCCUAUGGUGGUACCAUGCGGUGUAUACAUCUCAGCAUUUCUAUUUGACCACUAUUUAUCAUGGCUGGUUUAUAUUCUUUGGUUACUAAUAGUCAAUGUGACAGUGCUGCUGCUUCGACCUUACAAGAAACAGCUAAUGACAAUAGUGAAUGGAACACUGCUAGCAAUGCUGAUAGCUUAUGCUGUACUCUAUAAUACGUUCAUGAACAACUUGACUGAUCCUUCAGCCUCCAACCCAACCCUGGGUACCAUAUGGAGCUGUCUGCUGCUAUUAGCUAUACCACACCUAGUCCUGUAUGGGAGUCUACUCUGCAAGCCAGUGCUGAUGAUCUACAGGAGGAGGGGGGAUACCAACCAUCAAGACAGAGGAGACAUGGAGGAAGAGGCUCACAGGUUACAGCAACCUGACCAGUAUACACCACUAGCUAACUAGAACACAAGUACUGUACCAGAUAACUAGAGCAAUACCGUGUACGUAUGUAUGUACUAUAUAAAUAAUAGAUUGUAUUGGCCAAAAUAAACUUUAAUCAGUUCUCAUGC